AUGCAAAUAAUUCUAUUAAGUAAAUACAUUUUAUUAUGGAUACUAAUGGGCCGGGUGUGUGGUGCUGGCGAUGACUGGGAACUUGACUCGGAUGAUGAGGAUUCGGAUGGAUAUCCAUUAAUCGGAACUACUGUAAAUUCACCUGAAUUAAUGGAAUUUGAUAUAAAUUCAGAUGAACAGCUGAAAACAGUUGAGUAUGGAAACUUCAAGACAAACUAUGAAAAUUGUACAAAUUAUAAAGCUAAGAGGGGUUAUGGAUUUAAUAAAGUAAUGAGGAAUAAAUCCUCGUCAUUUGGGUUUGAUCAGACCAUUUGGGAACUAAAUGACCCAAAUGUGUAUGUAACUGAGAUCAUACUAUGCCCAUCCCCUACACCUCAAAUGAAAUUAACAUUAUUAUUGUCUAAUGGUAGUUUUUUAUUAUUUAGUAGAAAUGGAAAUGAGACAAAUUGGUUAGAUGUGACAUCGCAACGGGUUAAAUUGGAGGAUUUUAGUCUCCUAACGUUCAGUGAGACUAUUAAUAAUUUGGUCUCACUAGAGAAGACCAGAUACAAAAAAUCUUAUGAGUUUCCAAAUCAAAUAUAUAAACUUGAGGAUCGAGUUAGUUGCUAUGUAAUUAAACUUGGUGAUCAAGUUAUUUUUAAUUAUGAUGAAGAUCCGGAAUUCGGAGGGGCUAAACAAAUAUUAUUCAAUAUUAUAACUCAGGAAUUGAUAGUUGUUAAUAUUGAAAAUGAUAAAAAACAAUUAAUAUAUGAUCCAAACAAAUUUGAACCAAUCACUAAUGAGCCUAUGACAAUCGUUAAACAACCUGAAGAAGCAACACCUCAACCUGAAUUUGAGCCUGGAACUGAAGAUAAAGAACCUGUAGAACCUACCCAACAACAAUCUGAAUCUACUGCUACUGAAGACUCCACAGAAGCCGAAGACUCUACUCAAACCGAAACUGAAGAGUCCAAACAAGAAUCUACUCAACCUCCAGAACCCACCAGCACCGAAGAACCCACUCCUAUCCCUACUACUCCUGAAUCUUCAUAUAGUAUAAAUUUUACUAGACAUAUAAUUCCAGAAUAUGCUGUUAGAGGUUUGAAAACACCAAUAGCAUUAGAUCUAAACAAGUUUAUCGACUCACAAUAUUAUAAAAUCAAUCAGCAGAAUUUUGACAAUUAUCUGCCCAGAAAUAAGUAUAUAUUUGAUAAAGUUAUUAAAUCUAAAAUAUUUGGAAUGAAUGAACUGAUUUGGGAAGCUUCUGAUACAUUGCACUACUCAUUGAUGGUUCAUGUGAAUUACACUUCACUCUUUAACUGUACUAAAAAUGUUACAGUAUUUAUGGUAAAUGGCGAGAAUAAGACUUUGUGUAAGACUAGUAACGGGUGGUCUGAAAUUGACAAGUUAACUCUUGACAUAUCUAAGACCCAGAGUACUGAUCAGUUUGACUACAGUGUAAAGAACGAUUACACCAUUUAUAAAGCUAAGACAGGUUACCAUUUUAAGGAAAUCAUAAAUUCCUAUUCUGAUAUGAUAUAUAAAUCGAUUUGGAGAGGUGAAAAGGACUUAGCGACAGAGAUUAGGGUACAUAAACGUGCCCUUGAUGAACAGUAUAUAAUAGUAUUUCUAAAGAGUAAGGAAUUCUUAAUAUUUCACAGGAUUGGUGAUCCAAAUGAGUGGCAUGAUGUCACAAGUAGAAGAUUUGAUAUGGACUUGUUUAAAUUCUAUGACGCAGGAGAAGAUGAAAUUAAAUCUAAAGGGUAUGUUAAAUCGCUAUAUCACUUGUCAUAUGGAUAUUUCUUCAAGCUAGGAGUCAAAUGCUUUUCAGUCAAGUUAAAAAAUGAAAAAAUUUAUAACCACCUCGAAGAUCAAUGGCUAGGUUUCAUCCGAGGCGUAUUCAUAGAUUUAAUUAACAAUAAAGUAUAUAUAAUGGAUUUAGCUGGUGAAACGAGAGAUUUUGAUCUUAAAAAGUUGGAAAAUUAUCAGGAAUGUUUUAUUAAAUCAGGUCCAAAAUCAUUCCCAAAACAUAAAGGAACAUUAUAUUCUGCAAUAUAUCCAAUGUAA